AUGGGUAAACGAAGGAAUGAUCGGGACGAUUCUUAUGAAGAAUAUAAACGACGGAGAGAGUCCUCAAGGCAUCGACGAAAUGCCUGCCGGGAAGAACGGGCGAGAAGGAGGUCGAAAGAGAAUAAAGAGCGCUUUGAGAGGUUACGGAACGACCCGGACCGAUAUCUGGAUGGCCACAAGAGGUCCAACUACAAGGAUAAGGUAAAGCUUUUUUUGAUUUAACAUGUUUUGUCUUUAGAAUUGCUCUGCGUUGAGGUUUACGGCGAACUGUGGCUUUAUUAGGGGAAAUGCUGGUAAAAAAAUUUUGGUUAAGUUCAAUGCUUUGGAUAUUAUUUUAGACCCGAAAAACUUUCAACUUGAUUCCGCCGAAUUUUUCUUUAUUCCAACUGUAAAACACACGAAUGGUUGUUUUGGGUAGAUUUGUCGCUUUGUCAAUAGAGUAACCGCCUAAAUUAUUUUUUUAAACCUUUUUAUUAAUUACUAAACUAUCUAAACACUGCAGCAGGUACGAAGAUUAGUUGUUGGAUAUUUGUUGUUUGACAAUGUGUUUUUGGGGUUUGAUGUAAUUUUUUAGUGGCGUUGAAUUUAGCUGCUGCACUUCUGAAAGAGCUGAAAUUUAUCACUAAAUCUGAAACAAAAUGAAGUGUUGGAUUAAUAAGGAUAGAUGUGUAGAAUUUAUUUCGAUUAGGAUUAUUGUGGAAAAAAGUUUCUAAUCGACGACUUAAACCGACAAACCCACUAAAUGCAUUUUUAAAGAUGAUUUGCUCUCGAGACAUUUUCCCGUGUUUCCUCGAUGAGAUCAAAUAUCAUUACCAAGACCUCCUACAAUCAUAUAAAAACAAGUAGCACUCUGCUUUGAUCUCGACUUGAAAUUUGUCUCAUUAACGAGGAUUCAGAACAUAUGCGGCGGCCAUACAUCGGAGAGCCGCUUUAUCCUCCUCGUUCUUUAUAAAACGUAAAGAGUUUCGCUGACCAGAUCGACGGAGAGUCGAAAAAAGUGCCUCGAGGGGCCGUUCUGAUCUCGCGUCAUUGUGCCCGUCGAAGCAGUUGUUUUGCCUUCCUCACCAGUACAUGUUUUGUGCGCCCUUGAGGCGAUCGGGGCGAAAAACUUUCGCAGGUGUUGGACUCGAAACGCUCUCUUGAUCUCUCCGAGCGGUUUUUCGGCCGAAACGGCAACUGAUCCGGCCGAAAUCACUACUCGUGCGAUCCUGGAAACGCCGACCUCUCUCGUCCGCAUUCGUUGUAUGGCUUGCUCUCUCGCUGACUCUGCACGGCCAAGAGUUUUUGUCCUUUGGGGCAUGUGCGCCCAAUCCCACGGCGGAUCGACGGCUUUUGUGCCACGAAACAACUGAUUAUUUUCCCCUUCUUUUCUUCUCUUCUUCUUUUUUUCGUGUCCUCCUCAGGUUUAAGUCCGAUCAGUCCAGCACGGGUUCCAUUUUGAACUUGUGAUUAUCACCAAUUUCACUGACUUGUAAGUGGUUUACUCAUUUCGGUUCCAACUGGGUUACCUACCUACUUUAUUAUGUUGUCAUUUUCGUGGGUGAAGUGCCCGAGACCUUAGUAAUAGUUAAGUCGUUCAACGACGUCAUUUAAUAGUUUUAUGGCCUUCUCGAGCUCUAGUGCUCCUUUUUGAAAUUAUUUUUUAGAGGAUGACAUUGUACGAUUUGUCAAAUUGACGAUUUUCGGAUUUGAAGGGCCAGAUGGGUAGAUUAGGUAAUGCAUAGGCGAGAUUAUAAUUUCUUGCGUUUUCCUUCAGAAGUCCGCUGUCACGUUGACGCUCAUUCCACGCCAAAAACGUCUUCCCAUCAGGAGAAAGCAGGGCCUGCGGCCGACCGUCUCGCAUUCUCGACGAAAGAAUUUGACGUUUUCCUCGAUUCCGCCUUCGCCGGUCAUCGCGGCUCGGCGCAGAGCAACUUGUCCUGGCGCCGCGACCGUCUCGAACCGCCGGGUUCUCAUUCCUCGGCCAGCAGUCGUUCUCCGGCCGUUAAUUCACUGGUGUAUUCGGACCGCGCAAUCAUUCAGUCCACGUCGCAAAUCCACUUCGAUCGGCGUCCGAAAGACGCCAUGUCGAAGAAAGUGGACGGUCUGAAACGCCUCCCAUUGGUGGUGAUCCCAAAACGACGGAAACAUAAAGAUUAUGUCUCCAGAAGAAGGAAUACUCGCGCUUCUCAGCUCCGAAAAUGCACUUCGGAUCCGCAGAUUUACAAGAGCUACAAUCACUGGAGCAAUCUGCAGCGAAAGGAUAACCUGGCACUGUCAACAACUCAAUCUACCGAGAAAUCGGCGGAACCGGCGCUGAAAACGCAGAAAACGUCUUCAAAAGAUUUGGCAAAUAUCCUUAAGCCACCCGAGGAAAUGGCAGUCCGAAGGGUGGUCAAAAAGAGUGAUAGUAAACACAGCAGGUCGAACCUGGACAGAAAGGUAUCAGCCACGAAGAGGCGACGAGCUGAAGAGCUGAGUCAGAUCAAGAAGGAACUAUUGGAAGCUGCGAAAUUACCCCAACUUUCGAGGAUUCCAAAACCAAAAGAAAGCGAUGAUGUCAAAGCCAAGAACACGGUGAAUGCGGUAACGGCGGCCUUUGCUCUGAAAGAACCGAAUUUCGCGAAGGAGAAGAAAGAACCCGCGAAUGUAAAGGAGAAGGAAAAAGAAGCCCAGCCCAGCACUUCGGCGACUCAAGCCAGUCCGGCAGUCGCCAAAGUCUCCGCGAAACCUCCGGCAUCGCCCUCGCUCGGCCAACGACGGAAAUUCAACAACGAUGCGAGACUGAAUGUGGCGGUUUUACAACCAAAGCAACUCAAGUUGCCGCCAAACGAGGGUUCCGAGGUGCCGAAUGAAACCAAGGAGCCGGAAGCCACCACGUCGGACGAGAAACCGAAGGAGGAAAAGAAACCGAAGAAACAAAUCGAUCCGGAGCUGUUGAAUCGGCUGAAAUUGGACACAAGUGUCCUCAAAAAGAUUGAUAAUAUCAUUUCUGGUGGAGUCAAAAAGCCUGUACAAAAUUCGGUUGGUGUUUUUGAGGGAAUUUUUGGGUUUGAAAAAGAGAUUUUUUUUCUUGCAUGAACCUCGACGCAGAAUCAGAAUUAAUUUUAAUUUUUUUGAUGUUUGAACAUAACGUUUUAGAAUGACUACCACUACAAUUACAAAGUCGGAAGCUCGGGGGGCCGCGGCGAUCAGUACGCCUCGACCGCGCAGUCCACGUCCUACAAGCCGCCAAUUCAGGACGAUAAAGACGGGCAUUUGGUGUAUCAACCGGGCGAUUCGAUCGCAAAUAAGUGUAAGUUGUUUGAGGAGAGGUGUUUUUUACGAUUUUUUGAGACGUCGGCUUGAAGUUUGGUGACAAUAAAGUGGUCAAAUUUUAGAUCAGAUUGUUCGCACACUCGGCGAAGGGACUUUCGGAAAAGUGGUGGAGGUCAAAGACGCGAAUCGAGGAUCCCAUAGAUUUGCUCUCAAGGUGAUAAAGAAUGUCCCAAAAUAUCGCGACGCCGCCCGAUUAGAGAUCAACGUCCUCAAAAAGCUCAUGGAAAAGGACCCAUCGGGCACGCAUUUGGUCAUCCAGUUGUUGGACCACUUCGACUUCCAUGGCCAUAUGUGUUUAUUGUUUGAUCUAUUAGGUCUAAGUGUAUUCGAUUUCAUGGUAAGUUCGCAAAUACCGGAUCAAGAAGAUGAAACGGUAAAAAAAUUUUUUUGUGUAAUACAGUAGAGAUUUUUGGGAUUUUUGCAUGCAAUAUAAUGUUCUUCGAAUUGCAGAAAAAUAACGACUAUAACGGGUAUCCGAUGGAGCAAGUGCGCUACAUCAGCUAUCAACUUUGUCACGCGGUCAAGUUCAUGCACGAAAACCGCCUCACUCACACCGACCUGAAGCCGGAGAAUAUUUUGUUUGUGAACAGCGAAUAUCGCAUCGAACAGGGCCGCAAACGACCGAUCAAAGUCAUCGAAGACGCGACCGUACGGCUAAUCGACCUGGGCUCUGCGACCUUCGACCAUGAACAUCAUUCCACAAUCGUCUCCACGAGACAUUACAGGGCUCCGGAGGUCAUUUUGGGUAAGGUUUGGGGCUAAUUUUUGAUCUUGAGGUGGGUUAGGAAAUAGGAUGGAGCUGUUGGCCAGGAGAAGGCGCGGCGAAGGGCUGUAGAUACGAGUGAUUUUACAGUGACGGACCUGAUCCAGUGGCAAAAAAUGUACAGUUUUGUAUCAGGGAAGUGUCAGAAAUUGCCAAAAUGCUUCCCUCUCCAACUAAAAAAUGCCGUUUUGAAGGGUCCUCACAAAAAAGCGGGCGCGCUUUUGAAACCUGAGUUUUUUCACUUGGAGAGGGAAGCAUUUUGCCACAUUUUUGAUACUUCCCGGAUGCAAAAUGGUACGUUUUUUGCCACUGGAUCAGAUCCCCCACUGUAUUUGAAGUCAAAUUUUUCGCGGACUUGAUGUUUACACAUGUCAUUUUAGAACUGGGCUGGUCACAACCCUGCGACGUCUGGUCGAUCGGCUGCAUCAUGUUCGAACUUCACAUGGGCAUCACUCUCUUCCAAACGCACGAAAACCGCGAACAUCUUGCCAUGAUGGAGAGGAUUCUCGGCAACAUUCCGUAUCGGAUGAUCAAGAGGACAAAGUGAGUUUUGGGAUUUUUUGGAUUUUUAGAAUGUCUAGAGUAUGUUUGAGGUUUAUUUUGAACAUUUUAGGACAAAGUAUUUUUACCACAACAAACUCGAUUUCAACGACAACUCAACCUCAGGCAGAUAUGUUCGAGAACAGUGCAAACCGCUAUAUGUAAGUUUGGAGAGGGAUUUUGGGGUUUUAUUUUGGUUUACAGUACAGGGUAUAGUGAAAGAUCUCGAAUGACAUAAGUUUUUUAUGGUGGUCAGAUACGAUUUUGUUCGAAAGAGGCUCUUGAAAAUUAAAAUUUUGUGAUUUUUUGCGGGUUUUAUGAUUUUUUCCACGACGUUUUGCCGUAGUAACAAACGUUUGCAUGAAUGUUUCCGAAAAAUCACACCAGACAUGAGUCGAUUCGCACCUGGUCAAUUCCUCCUCCCUUUUCCUCUCUCCCUCUCUUUAAUCAAAGACAGGCCCUGAAGGGGAUUAGCCCGCCGGGCAUUAUAUAAACCGAAAGCCCGUUCCGAAUGUCACCUGAUCCACCCGGCUGAGUGAUUCCUGGAAACCGGGGACGCCCUCUCUUGAUCCCCCACAGGUUUUUCGCCGCGAUGUUUUUGACCCAAGGGCGCCGGAAACGCAUGCCCGGAAGGUAUUUUUAGCCCGCUGCGAAAGUUUCGAAAAUUGAGACAAAAACAAAUUGAAACGAUCAAUUAGUAAGCAGGACGAAAAAUUGGAAAAAUUGUUUCUUGAGAUGUGUAAAUAGAUGAUUAAUCUAUGACAGAAAUUGGGAUUUUUGAUGGCAAAUGAAAAUAACGGCGAAUUUUACAGUGGGGGACCUGAUCCGGGGGCAAAUAACGUACUAUUUUGUAUCCGGGGAGUAUCAAGAAUGUGGCAAAAUUCGUCCUUCUCCAAGUGAAAAAACUACGUUUUUAAGGGCGCGCCCUUCCCCUCACAAAAAGAGCGGGCGCGCUUUUGAAAACGAAGUUUUUUCCCUUGGAGAGGGAGGUAUUUUGCCACAUUUUUUGAUGCUUCCUGGAUGCAAAAGGUACGUUUUUUGCCACUGGAUCCGGUCCCCCACUGUAGAUGAUUAAUCUAUGAUAAAAUUGGGAUAUUUGAUGACGAGUGAAAAUCAUGGCGAAUUUAUGGGCCAUUUGAGAUAAUUAAGAAAGUAACAAGACUAUAAAGGCGAAUUAAGUGAUUCAAAACUGAUGCCUAAUGUUUUUCAGAGAUAUAUGGAGCAAAAGGACCCCGAAACCCUAGAACUCUUUGACCUCAUCGACAAAAUGCUGGAUUACGAGCCAACAUCCCGUCUCACAUUGGUCGACGCACUUCAACAUCCAUUUUUUGCUCGAAUUCAGCCUCAUCAACGGUAGGUUUGGGGAUUUUUAACGGAAGUUAGCUGAAUUUGGAGUUGAAUUUGGUCAAAACCAGCCUAGGAAAUACCAUACCCAACCUUGAACACGGCAAUUUCAGGCUCGACCACCUGCUGACCUCGAAUUCCCGACCGCCGGCCAGCAACGGCGGCUCGGCCGCGAACAACGGCCGAACGGCCAUGUGA